AUGUACACUGAUCCUGUGGCAGAAUUACUAAGACCAAAACAAUCAAAUUUAAUUAAAUCAAGUGACUCUGUAGGAUCCUAUCGUCCAAAAAGUAUAUAAUCAAAUCGUAGUAACAAAAAUAUAAUAUCACAAUAAUAAUAACGCCCUCCUUCUUAAUAAUCUUAAAUUGGAAGUAAUGGUGGAAAACGAAUAGUUCAUAUUGGUAGAAAUGGAAAAAAAAUUGAAUAAUUAUCAAGUGUUGCACCAUCAAAGACAAGUUAAGAUCUUUGUUAUGAAUUCGAUCCAUUUAUUUUAGAUUAAAUUAGUCCAGAAGAUCCAAUUUGGAGAUAGAUUUUGCCAGACAAUAUGUCAUUAGAUGAAUAAACUUUAGAAAAAUUAUUGGAAGAUAAUCCAGAUUAUUUUUAUCAUCAUCUUGGAUUUUGUGCAUGCUAUCGAUGUAAAUGUGGUAGAUGCAGAUGUGAUGUCUCGAAUUAAGUUAAAUUAAAGAUUAAUGGAUCUUUUUUAACUGUUUAUGAUAAGGAUUUUAUUCCUCAUAAAUCAAGUUAUAAUAAUCUAACACCCUUAAAUUCUAAGACAUAUGCUACAAAGUUUCUCGAUUAAAAGACAAUCGAUUUUACUACAUCUCAUCAAUAAGACUAUAAGGAAAUGCCAAUAUAAUCAACUGAAAGUUUUAAACCUCCUUAUAGACCAUAAUUGGGAUCAAUGUCCAAUCUAACUAAUUAUAGGGUAUUUUCUAAUAAUAUAUUAAGUCUAAUUAUAGUAAUUGGGGUAAUAAUUAUUAGAGAUUUAGUCGAUAUCCUCAUAUAAGUACAAGUACAGACAUUAAAUUUAUUGGUAAAACAUAAUAUUAAGAUUCAUUUGUUCCACCUACUAGUUGGAAAGUUGAAAGCUAAACUUACUUUAAAAGUGAACUGUAAAUUAUAUAUAUUAAUUAUCAAAGUUCUCCAAUGCCUACAGGUCCCUUUGUAGGAAUGACUACAAGUUAAUAAAAUUUUUAACCAUUUAAAGUAACAAGAAGUCCUCAAAAACCAACACAUCAUGUAGUUUUAUAAUAUCUAAUAAUAUCUUUAGAAAUAUGAAACUACUCCAUCCUUUGAUGGAUAAUUUACAUCUACAGGAAUGAAAGAUUUUACUCAAUAAUAAGAUGAUUAUUGUCCAGCUAAACAAUUUCAGAAAAUAUUUAGAAAAAAAUUGGCAUAAAAAGUGGAGAAGAAAAAAGAAAAUUUUAUAGAACGUAGAAUUAAUAAUGCAAUGAAAAAUUGA